UGCUGACACCGCAGUUCGGGACGCAUAACUGCUGGUUCAACAACAAGUGGGGCCUUGUCAUGUUCUUCACCUUCCCGUCCGGCCUCGUCGUCCUCUUCAACAUGGUGCUCUAUGGGAUCUCCGUCUACGACAUCUACAGGCAGCACACGUCAGGCGAGUUCGCCUCGUCGACCGUGAGGAAGAACGGACCAGCCGAGAAGAAGAAACGCGAGAGAGAGAGGGAGACGUUCCUGAAGAAGUCCGCCACGGACGGCACGGAGACCACUGCCCCGAAGGACAAGAGCAGUGAUGAAAGCGACACGAGCCGGUACGCGGACCGCAUCAAGGAGCGGAUCCAGAGGAGAAUCCAGGCUCACAAGAAGCAGCGGAUCCGUCUGGUCCUCUACUGCAAGCUGGCUCUCAUGAUGGGCAUGACGUGGAUCUUCGCCUUCGUCUCCAUCCACACGCAGUCGCUCGUCUUCGAGUACCUCUUCAUCAUUUUCAACGGGCUUCAGGGAACCUUCAUCUUCAUUGCCUUCGACUGCAAGCAGAAGCAAUGGGACGAACUCAAGCAAAGGUUCAGAGGAGAGACGGCCUUGCAGAGUGGAGCCAAGUCGUCCUCAAGUACGAAACAAACGUCAAUGACGAUCUCGUCAUCAGGAGGUCACUACAAGUACCGUUGGUCUUCCAAUCAACGGCAACAGGACAGGGCUACUUGGUACUCAUCCAACGCACAAGAACAGGCAUAAUUCGACGAAAUCGAAUCAUUCGUGGUAUGACACGAAAGAAUAAAUAACUCUAGUAACUGGAGAUACACAUACUCCCAAGUGAUUAGAUAACUAAAUUUUCUGGAGAUUAUAUAUAAUCUGAAGGGCUGACAGUUAAGCCUGGUUAUCUGAAUAAGGAACCUGAUUAACUACAAACUAACCAUAAUACGACGUGAAAUAAUGAAAAUGGGUAACUACCGGUUAUCCAUUCCAAUACUCAGCUUCCAUCCUUGGCCAUGCAUUAGUCUGUAAUCUGAAAGAUGUCGAUUGUGUGUAUAGUAUAGUGUGUGUGUGUGUGUGUGUGUAUGUGUGUAUAU